CUACCAAGCCCCCCGCCGGCCACUGCCAGCAACAUUCUGGUUUUCGCGUCCGUCUUGUGUUUAUCUCCGUCAUUCGUCUCGUGGUGCUGGUAGCUGUUUGUUACUAAUCAUUUUUUUUUUUUGUCAUUUUAUUUUUUUAAAUUCACUACCAUCGUAUACUCCGUUCAAGCUUAUCGUACUUUCCGUGAACAAACAGUUAUUUGUGGUUUAUAUCGUUUUUAUUACACAUUUGCGAUUUAUUAAUUCGUUUGAGAACGUGCGAACGCCGCAGACCGAAAUGCAGCUGCCGAGUUCGUCGAGUACAAUAUUCGUUUGAUAACAAGGAAACGAGAACACGGAUAACGUCUGGAAUCCUUCUGUCGUAAUUUACUCUGAUCAUGUUGCUGAAACGAAAUUUGAGCAGUGCGUUAACCAUCGGACUAGGAAUAGCAACAGUUGCUGCUAAAUCAGUCCAUGGAUUGACGUGUUAUUGCGAACAUCAAUGUCCAGACGGCCAGACAAACGGAACAUGUGUAACUUCUCGCUAUUCUCAAUGCUUUAGCGCUGUGCAUGAGGAAGUAAACGAAGAAACCGGUGAAUAUGAACCAAUAGUAUCUUAUGGUUGUCUUGCAGCUGGUGAACAAGGCUUCUUACAAUGCAAAGGUGGCAAUUCUUUAUAUGGUCUAGCUAUUCAGUGUUGCAACUCAGAUAUGUGCAACAAAGAUAUAAGACCCAUGUACAUACCACAUAGUACAACAACAGUACCACCCAAAGUUCAUAUUAAUUCUGUACCUUACAUUGCAUUUAUGUUGUCAAUGAUUAUCUGUCUCCUAGUAUCUGCAAUCAUCAUAGGUUGGAUAUACCUUAGGUAUAGAAGAAGGGAGAAAAAUCGGCUAUAUGCUUUAGCAUCCACCGACAGCUAUAUAUCGGGCAACAGCAAUUUGUUGCAAACACUUAUUGGCCAUUCAUCUGGUUCUGGUUCUGGGAUUCCAUUACUUGUUCAAAGAACAAUUGCCAAACAAAUACGAAUAGAGCGACAAAUUGGGGAAGGUAGAUUUGGUAAAGUAUGUUUAGCUAAUUGGAGAGGUGAACAUGUAGCUGUGAAAAUUUUUACUACUAUUAAUGAUCAGAGUUGGCUACGAGAAACAGAAAUAUAUCAAACUGUUUUACUUAGACACGAGAACAUUUUAGGUUUUAUCGCAGCUGAUUUAAAAGUCAGUGCCGGAGGUGCUCAGAUGAUGUUGAUUACAGAAUAUCAUAAACGUGGUUCCUUACAUGAUUUUUUGAAAGAGAAUACUAUUGAUACCGCUCAACUAGUUGUUAUGGCACGAUCAAUAGCUAGUGGCUUGGCACAUUUACAUGAGCCAAUUAAUGGUACUCACGGCAAGCCAUGUAUUGCCCAUAGAGAUAUUAAAUCAAGAAACAUUUUGGUCAAGACUGAUGGAGAGUGUUGUAUUGCUGAUUUUGCUUUAGCUGUCCGAUAUGAUAGUCGAAGAAAUGAAAUUGACAUUGCUCCCAAUUCAAGAGUAGGUACAAGACGUUAUAUGGCUCCUGAAGUAGUCAAUGAUACUAUUGAUGUAACUUCAUUUAGUGCAUUUAAAUCUGCUGAUAUGUAUUCAACAAGUUUAGUGUUUUGGGAGUUGUGUAGAAGGAGCAGACAAAGUUGGCCUGUUGGAGGAUCACCUAUGCUUCAAGCUGACGAAUAUAUGUUGCCUUACGCUAAUUUGGUUGGCUCUGACCCUUCAGUGGAAGACAUGCGCUUAGUAUUAAUAAUACAAGGGGCUAGACCAGAUAUACCUAUUCGAUGGAAGUGUGAUAAUAGGUUGAGAGUGAUAUCAGAAAUCAUACAAGAAUGUUGGCAUCAAAAUCCAAAUGUAAGAUUGCCAGCAUUGAGAGUUAUGAAGACACUGCGAAAACUCGAGGAUAGUGAAACCUUGGAAAACGGAAUUCAUCAUGUAUAAUACAGGAUGAAUUUAAUGUUGCAGCCAUAAAAGCUGAAAUGUAGGAUUUUAUAAUUUUGCCCAAGACUGUGUAGAUAGAAUUAAAUUUAAUAUUACUAAAUUGCUAUUGUCAACUUUAAAUGAACAACAAUUUUACUAUUUUUUUGUCAGCUGAUCUACUUAACAUUUAGCUUAUAGAUGUGUGCCAUUAAUGUUUUAUAGCAAUGUAAAUAUUUUUUUAUCUAUAAGAUUAUUUUUGUUUUUUUUUUUAUAUUUCUGGUAUAUAGUAGAAAUUGACUUUACAGUCUAAUAUAAAUUUCAAUAAGCAUUUUUUUAUUUGUUUUAACUAUGAUUUUUUUUUAUUAAAUUUGUUCUAACCAUUAUACACUGUUUACAGUGUAUAAUAGUGUGUUUAAACUACUUUCUCAUAAUUUUAUUUUAUAAUCAUUUCAAUCUUAAAACAAUUUCUAUUGUACACACAUGUCUUUGAUUUAAUGGUUUUUCAUUUUAUAUACAAUAAAAUUAGAAUUUAAUUUUCAAUAUUUUCCUAUAUUCACUAAAAUGACAUGUACAUCUCUGUAUGACUAAUUGUGCGGUUAAAGAUAGUAUCUAAAUAUGUAACCGAUUCAAAUUAGUUAAUUAUAUAAUUUCUAUAAUUUUAUGAUAUAUAUUAAUUAUAAUUAUAAUACAAUAUAGUUAUAUAUUAUAGAUUAUUUUUUUUACUAUGUACAUUAAACAAUCAUUGUUAUUUAUUUA